UUUCUUGUGACAAUAUGACCAAAACGGUUCCCCUACAGAAAAGGUUCCUCAUAUACUUUUGGAGACAGGCCCAAACCGGUAAUCUGUGGGAUCUGGUAAAUGCCAGAAGGGCCGCUGUAAAAUGCUGUAGACAAACUGGGACAGGCAGCAUAUCUAUAAUAUAGAUUAUUAUUAAUAAAAAUAACAUACAGGUUUUACAAUCAUAGAAGUGCACGGUGGAUUGUACGGGAAGCUUACUUUGAUUAAUCUGUAAAGUAUCCCAAUAACUUAUGGUUACCAUUUGUCUCUGUACCAUGGGGACAGGCCCCGUUUCAAGACCUCCUGCCCUGUUGAAAAUUGCCCUGUGGACCAUCCCCAGUAGCUGAAAUAAAGUUUAGAAGUCCCUGUGUAAUGACAGGCAGCACCCAGUCCGGAAACAAACCUCAUUGAGCAAAGCAAAUGUCUGUCAAGUAAUGUGCUUUAUCAUUGGCUACAAGUGUGAACCAAAUGUAGCCAAUCACCGCCUCAGAAAACCAUCCCCCUAGCAACCAUUGGCAUGGCAAGACACAGAGGAAGAACUAGAGAUCUGCUGUCAGCCCCACCCCUUCCCCCUCCGAUAUCCUUCACUGUGCCUGCACGGCUUCUUCCUGAAACUGCUCUCCUGCCCUCUGUGAUGUGGUACUCUCUCCUGCUUCUUGUUAGACAACAAGAAAGGCAGGUAUAUCUUGUUUGAUUUUAAAGUCUGAAGAAUUGAUAAUAAAAAUUCUUAAUCUAAGCAUUGCCUUAAAACCAGAGCCCCAGCAAUGGACAGUGAAGAAUUAAGCAAAGAGGAAAAUUUACAGGACAAAGGAAAACCUGGUGAAGAUAGGGGUUGCACAUUAGACAUGCCACCUCUGGAACAAAGACUUCCUAGUGCUGAACAGAAUACAGAAGAUAAGGGCCAUACUGGAACACAUUCUAAAGAGGCUGAUUUUAAUGAGGGUCAAAGCAAGAAUGAUGUAACUGGAUCUAAACACAAAGCAGGUGAUAUAUGUCAUUCAGACAUAGGCUUUCAUAACAGCGGAUGUGUAAUUGAUCAUAAAGAUAAAAAGAACAACCAGCCUAAUGAAAGACUAAAUGCAGAAAAUCAAAAUCAGCAUGUUAUAGAAACAAUGAUAGAAUCAGUAAUGCAGGAAAAAGGUGAGCUUAAUAUAAAUUCUGCUCAAUCAAAUGUAUCUUUAGAAGACCACAAAGUUAUAACUGAGAAAGACUUGGAACAAAAACCAUCUGGUCAGUCUAAGGUCCAGCCCAGCAUUUCACCUGAGGGUCCCAUAAAAGAUUUAGAUCAGCAAAAGCUGAGAGAAUCCACAAAUAACAUGCCAUCUAGUAAUAAUGAAAAGCUCCAUGAUGUGGAACGGACAGCUGAACCCCAUGAAAAUCUAAUAGCAAUACAUAAAGAAUACCAGGAAAAAAGCAAAAAUGACGCACCUGCUCCCAAUACUGAAUCAAAAUAUGAGUUUAGAGAAGAAAAGAGGCAAGCUAAAAUCAAACCUACUGUUGUAUUGUCAGAGGGCAACAAACCUAUUGUAGCUGAGAAAGAUAUUGUACAAAAACCAUUUGUUCUGUCAGAGGAAGAGGUCCAGCCCAGUGUUUCACCUGAGGGUCCCAUAAAAGACAUAGAUAAGCAAAACCCAAAUGAAUCCAAGAAGAAAGUGCUACUCUACAACGAGGAAAAGUUCUAUGUUGUGGAAGGGACAGCUGAAAACGGACAAACUAGAAAAGAUUUAUUUGCACCACCCAAAAAAUACCAGGUUGAAAGCAACAAGGACACACCUGCGGCAACCAAUGAAUCAAAUUAUGAUGUUGAGUUUAGAGAAGAGAAAACACAAGAAAAAAUUGAACCUACUUUAGACAAAGUAGACAAAGUACAGCAGCAUAAAUUAAUUGAGGACAACCCGAUAUAUGGUGAACAGACAAGAAAGAGACAUGUAUCAUCGUAUCAAUUAAAGUCUGUUUCAGACCAGCAGACAGCUCGUCAGACAUUUGAACUCACUGAACAACUAGGAGCAAUGUCUGUAGAAGAGGAGCAAUCCAGGGGUGAAGUCACAAAGAAAAAGUAUGCUGUACUGAUAGCCAUAUUUGUUUCAGGUGUCCUGUUCUUAAUCUUAGUUCUGUAUUUACAUGGUUUUGGAUCCAUGCCAUCAUCUGACAGUACACCUGUGAUGACAUUUUUAAAGGAAUUUGAAAAACUCAAAGCAGAAUUUCCUGGGCAAAAUGAAGCCCUAUGGCUGAGAAGCCGCAAAAUGCUGCAAAAGCACUUAAACAAAUCUCAUCCAUUAGAACCUGCCACACUGAUCCUUACUGCCGCCCAAGAUGGUGAACAUACGCUACGUUGUUUAAGUAUCGGUUUAGCAAGGGCAUAUGCAACCUCUUUAAAUUCCAGCUGGAACAUGAUUGAAGGACCCAGCAAAGCAGCGUAUGACAGCACAACCACCAAACUACAAGUCGAUGAGUCUCUAAGUUCAGGUUUUGAGUCAACAUGCAGGGCAGCCGUUCUGCAUCGCAUAGAAGAUCUGCCUCCUGCAUCACUGCUUAUCCUCUACAAAUACUGCGAUCAUGAAAAUGCUGUGUUUAAGAAUGUAGCCCUGGUGCUCACGGUUCUUCUAAAACAAUCAACGUUAAAGUCGGACCAUACUCUUACAGAAGUGGAAGAACAAGUCAAAGAUUUCCUGUGGGAGAAAUGUACCAGCCGAGACAGUGGCAAUUCUUAUAAUGAAAUGAAUGCGGAUAAAAUGAGUGGUGUGUGGAGUCGUAUUUCCCACCUAGUGCUCCCAGUAUUUCCUGUAGACUCUUUAGAGUCAGGGAGUUGUCCCUGGAGUGAGUCGAAGAAGACGCAAAAUUGAGAGCUUUGUUUCCAUGGUCCCACUUUGCUAGCUAAUAGGCAAACAUCAUGCACCUAUUUUUAUACAAAACUGAUUAUUCUAGUGCCUUUUAUUAUUCUUUAUUUAACUGUACAUAAAAUCUACAGGUAUGAAGAAGAAAUUAAUGGAAAUAUGAAGUUGGCUUCUUUAAGUAAGACUCUUUUUAAACAUCUUUUGGAUUUAUUGCACAAAUUAAUUUCACAUUUUGAAGUUUGUGACAGAAACAGCUGUAUAUUUGCACUACUGAUCAUUCUUCAGCAAAAGCGUGAAAUCAUAGCUGCCAUCAAAUUGAUUAAAUCAGGUUUUAUCAGAAAACAGUUAUUUAGUAAAAGUACAUCUGGCAUGGGUAAAAAGUCUAAAAAAAUGAAAAUUCCUAAUGUAGUGAUUUUAAGUUGUGAUAUUUUUCUGCAUUUUAAAAUGAAACAGUGAAAUUAGAUAAAAGAACUGAAAUAUUUUAGUACAAAUAUUUUAUAUCUUAUUUUUUAAUUUAUUCUUAUAAAAAUACUUCAUAAAGAUGGACUACAGGCAGUGAUUCCUUUUAAUGUACUCAAAUCCUUUUGUUAGAUCUUAUCAACUGUACUGGCACCACUUAUCCACCAACAAACGGCAAGUCUUGUGCUUUGCCUGCACCUGGGUGGAUUCAGUGCUUUCGAGUGCUGGCACAACUAGAAGAAUUUUUAAGCAUAUGAAUGCAUUCUCAAAACACGCUCAUCCGAGGCUGACAAUCCUCCCUGUGUGACCUUGCUUUUAGGUAAAACUAAAUAGUAGAUCUACACAAAAGGAAUUAGGUUUAACUGCUAAACCAGUUAUUUGGGGCAGUGCUCUUUUUCAAAUGUCCAAUGACACAGGCAUUUAUAGCCUCUCCCUUUUACCCUUGAUUAGGAGGGACCAGUUUAUUCAUAAAGGAAUAUAUGUCCAUUAAUCUAGACAUGUUACACAAUAUGUUUUGGGCUUCUGUACCAGCUCAAGACCUCAGCAGCCCUUUAGCAGGUAAGAUCUGUGCCUGUAAAGAUGCCCCCAGUAGCUCCCCAUCUCCUUUUCUGCUGAUUGACUGCACAUGCUCUGUGCUGCUUUCAGUUAAUGAGCUUAGGGAUUGACUCACAUUAUGCACUAUAGAUACAGUUCAAGAUACAAGGCGGGUUAUUAAUGAAUUCAAGUUUACAUAACAUGGCAAAAGAGAAACCUGUGUAUUUGCAUCAGAACCGAUUGAUAAUCAACCCUGUAGCUUUAGCUUCUAUGAGAGGUGUAAUCUCACUUUCUGCUAAUGUUUUCACAUGCACAAUUUCUCAAAGAUGUUGAGCGGCUGUGGCAUGGAUCAUUACUGUUAUAGGGCACUGACCCUCUGGGCUGGCACAGUAAGUACAGUAUGUAAAAUACAGCAUUUUCUAACCUUGGAGCUACUGCCACCUCCAGAUUAAGCAAUAGCUCCAGGGUCCCCUUCACACCCAGUGUUAUUUAGCACAGCACACUUGUGCCUAAACAAUUGGCAUUUGUGGUAAUGUUUGAAGAUAACUCAACAAGACAGAAUAAUCCUGACACCCAAGAUAUAAGUAUUUAAAAAUCAUCUGUGUGGAAUAUGUUGGUGCUUUAAUACAUACUAGUUAAUAUUUUAAUAAACAAGGAAUGAGACAACAAGUGAAAGACCGGUGGAAGGGAGAAAAAAUAAUGAGAAUAAUUUGAGUUAAUGAUACACUACACUCACUAACCCAAUUUGUCUAGAUUUUACACAUAUCCUGCUAUGUUGCUUAACAGUCAUGUUCUGGUAUGUAUAUCCUAGAAUAUGAAUUCAUUUUUAAUAAUGCCCUUUAACGCUCAUUCAAAAUGAAUUAUUUUCCCCACUGAAGGCCCCUAACAAAUUGUCCUGCUCCCAACCAUGAAUUGCCCUUUCCUUGUCCUUUAAUAGGGUAUAACCAAUGCAAAUACAUAUUGUCUGAAGGCGUAUUAUAAGAAUGCAGCAAGAUGCAGUGACCGUUUUGUGAGUUAAAUGCAACAGCCAGGGCAGUGUUUCCCAAUUUGCCACAAGGUGUCAGUCUACACCGUUACAUCCAUAGUGAGUGCAAAAGGGGUUGCUUUUAUUUUUGACAGAUAAGAUAAUUUUUCACUCAUAUCUCUAGGGCUUAAUGCCUUCAAUACAUUUCCUGCCCAAGUUAUAUUGGCAAAUAUCCGAUUAGCGGCUAUAGAUAUGUCUACUGGUUCUAUUUAGUACUUAAGUUAUUCUCUUAUAUAUAUAUUCUCAAAGAAACAGUUGCUUCAUAUGGACUUUUUGGUGGCCUUAUCCUCAAGUAUACUUUCCUUCUUAGGGGUGAAAAUGUUAUUAGCUAUUUUGGUUUGUCUCAUAUUUCCUAUACUGCAUGGACACUUUAGCACUUUAUGAAAUAUACCAUAUUUUUCUUAUGACUGGUAUGAACAUGCAAGAUUCUGGGAUAAUACCUGACAUGUAAGUUUUUAUUUCAUUACUUGUUAAAUUAAAAAGAAGCAUCACAUUUGCAGAACCUUAUGGUAAGUCAUUGUUACUGUGAUGACACAAAAAAAGUAAAAACAUGCUGCAAAACUGCACAUAGAACAGUUAUAGAACAACAAGUGACAAACAGACCAACUGUGACAGUUGAUACUUAGGGCCCAGGUAAGAAUCGAAAUAGAUAAUGUAAUAAGAGAUGGCUUCUGAUCUAGUAACCCAUAUCAGCCGAUUAACAGCAUUUACUUGUCAACUGUUGAAAAACAAAGUUCUGGUUGCUAUGUGUUACUAGACCCGGCAAAAAAUGCCCCUUUGAUUACAGUCAUGUCAAGCGUCACAUAUUUAGCCAUAUAUUUAUGACCGUGAUGCAUUUUGACCUGCCCUCCUGUAGCAGGGUCAUGGGAACCACAAAACUCAUUGAAUACACAUCUUGCUCAGUAACCCAUCCCUAAACCUACAGAACAGAUCCAAGUAUUUAGGUAAUGGGUGGAGUGAAAGGGGUGAGUGGGUCCCCAAAAAUCAAACCUGCCGAUUGAGAUCUGGGCAUUUUCAGGCUAAAUGUCAGUCAGGGAGGCCGUUAGUGGUACCCAUACAUGGCCAGAUGAACUGAUGAAUUAGUAUAAAGGACCGAUAUUGGCAGCUGAAAUCAGCCCCUAUAUA